GCCACCUGUCAGUGCCCAUCAAUGCCAGCUGUCAGGGCUCAUCAAUGCCACCUGCCAGUGCCCAUCAGUGCCUCAUCAAUGCCACAUAUCAGUGCCUACCAGUGCACAUCAAUGCCACAUAGCAGUGCCUAUCUGAGUUGCCUUUCAAUGCCAACUAUCAGUGCCAGUCAGUGCCACCUAUCAAUGCCAGUCUGUGCCACCUAUCAGUGCCAUGCCCAGUGCCACCUAUCAGUGCCCAUCAGUGCACCUUAUCAGUGCCCAUCACUGCAGCCUCAUUAGCGUACAUCAGUGAAGGAGAAAAAUCACUUAUUUACAAAGUGUUAUAA